AUGAGUACCAACACCUUUGUUUCUGUGGCUUCGGCCAUUUCCGGUCUUGCCGUCCUCGGAUGCCUUUUCACCGUUGGAAUGAUCUUCAACGACAUCAACUCAUUCUAUGAUGAGAAGAUUGAGGAGCUCAACGAGUUCAAGGGACUCGAGCAGCACGCCUGGAAGUCCAUGAUCCCAUCUACUCGCCCAGUCAAUGCUGAAUCCUUCCUUCUCGGUCGUAACAAGAGACAAGCCCAAUGCAACUGUGGAGCUCAGUCUCGUGGAUGCCCAGCUGGACCACCAGGACCACCAGGACAACCGGGAGCUCGUGGAGACGAUGGACUUCCAGGACUCGCUGGGCAGCCAGGAUCUGGAGCUAGAAUCAACCCACAAACCGGACGCGAUGGAUUCUGCAUCACCUGCCCAGCCGGACCACCAGGACCAGCAGGAUCCCCAGGAGCUCCAGGAGCGCCGGGACCAUCUGGUGCCCCAGGACAAGACGCUUUCGGAGGAGGUCAAGGGCCAGCUGGUCCAACAGGACCUGCCGGAGAUGCCGGAGCACCAGGAAACGCCGGAGCCCCAGGAGCUCCAGGAAACGCUGGACGUGGUGGACAACGCAGCCGUGGACUUCCAGGACCAUCCGGAGCACCAGGACCACAAGGACCAGCCGGACCACCAGGGCAACCAGGACGAUCAGGAGGAGCCGGAACUCCAGGACCAGCUGGAUCCCCAGGAGCCCCAGGAAACACAGGACAAGCCGGAGUUCCAGGAACUCCAGGAGCACCAGGAAAUGCUGGAUCACCAGGAGGAGAUGCCGCCUACUGUCCAUGCCCAGCCCGUUCUGUUGCCACGGCUGCUCGCAAGCGUGUCUUCAAGGUUGCUCGUUCCCGUGCUGUCUCUGCUAAGCGCCGUGUGGUCAAACGCGUUCGUGUCCAAAAGGCCUAA